AUGGAAGUCUUCAUAGAUGAUUUUACUGUUUAUGGUACUUCAUUUGAUGCAUGCUUGGAUAGCCUUGCUAGGGUAUUGAAGAGAUGUGUUGAGUCUUACCUUGUUUUGAAUUAUGAAAAGUGUCAUUUUAUGGUUAGGCAAGGUAUAGUCUUAGGACAUGUUAUUUCUGGUGAGGGUAUAGCUGUUGAUAGUUCCAAGAUUGAUGUUAUUGCUUCUUUACCUUACCCUACAUGUGUACGGGAAGUGCGUUCUUUUCUUGGUCAUGCAGGUUUCUACAGGCGAUUUAUCCAGGGUUUUAGUAAAAUCACCCUUCCACUUUCCAAGCUUCUGCAGAAGGAUAUAGAUUUCCAGUUUGAUGAUGAGUGCAGAAGAGCUUUUGAUCAAUUGAAGCAGCACUUAAUUUCUGCUCUUGUCCUACAGUCACCGAACUGGGAGUAUCCGUUUGAGCUCAUGUGUGAUGCAUCAAACCUUGCAGUUGGAGCUGCUAACUACACCACUACAGAAAAAGAGCUUCUGGCUAUCAUUCUUGCUUUAGAUAAAUUUCGUGCUUAUCUGUUAGGAACUAAAGUUACUAUUUACUCUGAUCAUGCAGCACUGAAAUUCCUAUUGAAGAAGCCAGAUGCUAAGCCCAGACUCAUCAGGUGGAUGUUGCUGUUGCAGGAGUUUGACAUAGAGAUCAAGAAUAAGAGUGGAGCUGAGAACCUGGUGGCGGACCAUUUGAGUCGAAUUCCACAGACUUUGAAGCCUCUACCUAUCCAUGAGAACUUUCCAGAUGAGUUCGGAGUACCUCGGGCAAUCAUCAGUGAUCAAGGAAGCCAUUUCUGUAACAGGAACAUGGCAUCCCUACUAAAGAAAUAUGAUGUCACUCACAAGGUUUCACCUCUAUACCAUCCGCAAACUAAUGGACAGGCAGAGGUAUCAAAUAGGGAGCUGAAACAUAUUCUGGAGAAAACAGUUCAGACAAACAGGAAGGAUUGGAGCAAGAGACUUGAAGAUGCACUAUGGGCUUACCGCACUGCCUACAAGACCCCUUUGGGAAUGUCUCCCUAUAGAAUUGUCUUUGGCAAGGCAUGCCACCUUCCGGUGGAAAUUGAGCACAAAGCAUAUUGGGCAGUUAAGAACUGUAACUUUGAUAUGAGCCAGUCCAGACUUCACAGGAAGUUCCAACUUCAGGAGUUAGAGGAGAUUCGGUUGGAAGCCUAUGAGAACUCCCGCAUGUACAAAGAAAAGACAAAACUCAUUCAUGAUAAGAUGUUGCUGCGAAAGGAAUUCUCCAUAGGCCAGAAAGUGCUUCUCUACAAUUCUCGCCUCAAGCUCUUUUCAGGUAAGCUUCGUUCUAGGUGGCUUGGCCCCUAUAUAGUAACUAAGAUUUUUCCAUAUGGUGCUAUACAGAUUUUGGAGCCUAGAACAGAUAAGGCAUUCAUAGUGAAUGGCCACCGCUUGAAGCCUUUUCAUGAAGACACACCCUUGGAGAAUAUUGAGGAGGUCCGCUUGCUAGCGGCCACUUAUGCUUGA